AUGGAGUCCGCCAUAGACAUUUGUUCCCAUGACCGCCCCAUCCGCCCCCUUUCCAGCUUGCGACCUGCUUCCAGGGAAAGCAUAAGCGCUAGUUCGACACGUACCCGAACCAGCAACCCCAAUGGCAAUCACCAGACACAGGCGCAACCACCCCAGGACCGCCCCCGAUCCUCCCGUCCGCCGAGCUCCUCCAAGCAACAUAAAGUCUCCUUCUCCCGCGAUCGCGUUGACAUCCUGGCCUUGCCCCCCAUGUCAGAGUAUUUGCAAGAACGGAUCGAACGAACACGAAAGAUGGAGGCCGACCGAGCUUGCGGGAAACAGCCCAUUGAGAGACCCAAGACUUCCGUUGGCUUUACCAGUCCGAUUGCCUCGCCAGCCAGACCAACAACGGGCACCAAGAGUCGACUUCCCACCAUCGCCUCGGAAAUCAGUACCAAGAAAAACGAACAACAAGCGCCGUGUAUGAAGGAUGCCCAAGAACUCAUGUCCAAGCUACACAAACAAAACUUUGACCUCAAACUGGAACUCUUUCAUCGGCGCGAAAAGCAGACGGCUUUGGAGGAGCUAAUUGAGAAGCUGGAACUGGAGAAAGACCAGUUGAGGAGGGAGCAAAGGGAGACACAGGACCUCAAUGACGUCUUGUUGGAAGAGCUGGAGAAGAAGGACAAGGCGGUUGAGGAAGCUGUGGCCAUGAUCGUUACUCUUGAGUCUCGGAUUGAGAAUCUGCUCAAGGAACGGGAAAUGGUCAGGCAGGUGGAGGCGGAAGGACUCUACAAGUCGCACCACGACGCCUCUGAUUCCGUCUCUUCACGUAACGAAACACCGGAUACCCUCAGGGCCGGCGAGCAAAAGGCCCUUCAUCGCAUGCCGAGUUUCCUUACGGAGCCAACCGAGAACACCGAAACCCUCCGAAACGUCUACCUUGAAUCGCGAGCUAGCGGACUGGGCCUGGGUCAGUUGUCGGAGGAGGAGUCGCCAGAAACGAAUCGGAGCGAGUUGAUCAAGGUUGGUAGCCCAGCAUUUAGUCUUCUCAGCGAGAGUUCCUUCUUGAGCAUCUACGGCCAGAACGAGGCCAGCUCUUCGCUCCGUCCCCAGAGCCCACCGCACGUGGAUGGGGCUGAAGAGCACCUGACUUCCAUGCCAAACCGAAACUCGCUAAUGCCCGAGGCUACCCCCACAAAGUCCAGCCGUCGCCCGCUAUCGCCGAUAGCAACAAACAGGUCAAGCUCAUUCCGCAAGAGUCAGCUUGGUCUUGGCAUUGACAAGGCAGCUGAUCAAGUGUUAGAUGAACCCAGGACUGCCUCCUUGGCAGACAAGUCCGGUUCAAGGCACAAGCUCGACCAGGAGACAGGCGCAGCAUCGGUCAAGUCACAAGCAGACUCUACCUCCCGAGGAACAAACAGGACCUCUGUACAAAAGGUAUAUACGCAUGGGUCUUCGGUAAGGGACUUCUCUCGCGUGCAUAGUGGUCUUCCACCCACCCCCGACACCAUUUCAACUUCGACCCUGCGCGUCCUUCAAAUAUCAGAUGACUCACUGUCAAAGGGACAAAGUUCGGGCAACGGGCCGGCCAAUAUCGCUUCUUCGGGUGAGACGGCCUCGGUGCACUCGGGAGAUGAGGAUGAGGAUCACCUUCAAAUGUCGCGCCGACAACAGAGCCAGCCGGCGUCCAUCACGGCUUUCAACAGUCUCCGAGGACUCGAGAGCGAAGGAGCGAUGUUGGAUUUUUGUUACACGACGUCGGAGUCGGAACGGCCGCCUUCUGCUAGUAAUGCUCGACGAUCAGAAGAGCAUGGAGGCCGCAAGAGCUGGUCGAGUGAGGAGGACGAGUAUGACGUCGUGGCGGAUGGAAGGACGAAAUCUUUUGCUUCGAGUAUCGAUUUGUGGCUGAGGGAGAGCCAAAAGCCGAACAAAAUAGUACCACCACUGGAUCCGCUGAGCUCCGUGUCCCAGGUCGGCGGUCGCGAAACGGAUCAUGGCCGAGUGUCGCCAGACUUGUUUUCUUUCCCUACCGGAUCACAAGGCUGGAUGUCAGAUGCGAUUUACGGAAAGCUCGAUGGAACGGGAUACAAGUGUGCAGGCGGCGUACGAGUAGCUAGUGGGAGCUCGAAUGCCGAUUCCGCAUUUGGCGGUCGAAGCUACAUGGGCGACUUACUUCCCACACCAAUCUUUGGCUCGGGUUUAGCAGGACUGCACGAAGUUAGGAAUAUGGCGCCGCCGCCGCCGGAACGCGGGUCAAGCCUCAGGGCAACAAUGGGCCACCAUAUCCCGGGCUUGGAUGGGUCACUGUCAGGCUCAGCUAGCAGUUUGCCGGCCUCACCCACCAUUCGGCAGUUCCAGACUCCCUUGAGGGACCCCCAAGGAAGGAAGAGCAACAGGGACUCUCCGCGAACGACCAUGACGACAAUCCGCAGCAAUAGCAUUGGCCAACGAAGCGAAAUCGACCCAUCGUCAGACUUGUCCUUUGAUAUUGACCACCGAGCAGCCACUGUCCCACCCAAAACGCUCUUCAACCCCCCACCUAAAGAGGGAAAGGAAAAGUCCUCCAAGCGGCAUUACCCCCCCAUGGCCUCACACCCUGCUCGCUCAAAGCUCAACAGUCUUUUUAGAAGAUCGACCGGCUCGGUUGAACCCUCCUCUUCCCAAGCCCACAGCUCCAACCCCGCCCCCUCUUUCGUCUCUGCGUCGUUCUCUCUUUCGUCGAGGGACCGUCCGUCUGAUUUUGGUCACUCUUCGUGGGGCAGACGUAAUUCCGAAAUGGCCGCCGACGGUGACCAUACUGGCGCUACACCUCCUCCCAUAAAGCGGAUCAGACCGACGAAGAAGAAUGAUGCAGUUGCUGAUAGAGCUGAUGAUGAAGCGGGAGGAGUCCCGCUUUAUCAAUCUUCUUUUGGGGACUAUAGGGAUGGGAGACACUCGGCGGAGCCGCCUCAGAGGCCGGUUACCAGUGGUGGCGAUGGAGAAGGCGGUAGUCUGCUGUCGAGCAUCCAGAAUUCCUUUUCAAAGUCGCUUGGGUCUGGUGAUGGGCCGCCGCAGAGUCAAGGUGGGCGGAGAGAGAGUGCGGCUGGUGGGAAGAGAAGGUGGUUCGCCAACCUCGGUAGGGUCGGGAGUAUGAGGAAGGGUGGGAAUUGAGUUGCAUGGAGAAUGCUGCCAUUCCAAAUAUCAGACGGGAAAGGGGAGUGUCAACGCUCGGUGCAUCUGCUUCACAUUAUCUCAUCUUCAACCCACCAACUGCAGUUGUAUAGACAGACAAGACGGAGAUGGGCUCAGGCCUAGUACAU